AUGGCCAAUAAUGAGAAAUACGCCAAAGUAAAAAAAGGGCACAUGAUAGAUGACACUUCUCACAUAGGCUUCAAUAUCAUGUCAAGUUAG